UGCUUCCUGAAUAAAGGAAAGAAAGCACGAGCCAACCUGUGUUGACUCUGACAAACCUCUGAAUUCACCGUGUUGUGUGGCUGUGAAUCGGAAUACUUAUCAGCGGUCUACCUGACAAACUCCGAGGAUAGAACGGCGCCUGAAGGUACCGGCACACCUGAACAAGCGAACUCACCUGCGGAGACGCUACCGGUGCUGUUAUCGUGGAGUGUGGGCUUGGAGAACAACAACGGAGAGAAAGAGAAAGAACGGGAUAGGUAGACGACAGAAACUACAGAGCUACAAAGUUUGUUGUUAAGGUGGAGAAGGAGGGAGGAGUACGCGAAGAAGGAGAGAGGAGAACAAUCCCCACGGUUUAUUUUUUUUUUCCAGCGGGAAGUUUUUUUUCUCACGAGUUUACCUAGAGUAUAUUGAUUAGACGAAGGCGACAGAUUAACCGUAAAAACCGACCAUGCCGCGAGCCUUCCUUGUAAAGAAGGCGAGAUACUCUCCCGGUAAGCGGAACUGGAGCGAGCUGCCAGACCACGAGCGCGGGUACGUCUAUAUCCCAGUGUCUGCAUUCCCCUUAUUGGAGGAGACUGAAGCCAGCCCAGCAGAGACGGCUCUCUGCCUCUCCACGGCGACACGCUACGAGUCCACCAAACGCACGGAAUCACUCCUGUGUGACGUGCACAGCGUGAUGACCCCGAGAGCGGAGCUGCCCUCGUGCACGUUGCUGGGUCGACCACAAAGCCCAGGUCGGGGGUUAGAGGUCAAGAGGAGGGCACAGAGCAGCACCUACGUCCGCUCCAAAAUCAAGGUGACUACAGGUGAGCUGCCCAGUGAGAUCCCAAUACCUCCCCAGCCUUCCGUCCCCGAAAUCACCACCACACCUGUUGCCUUGACGACGUCCGCUACUGCCCCGGUCUCCACAGUAACGAAGUCAGGGACAGGUGCUCAGGCGUCGUUCGUGUGCCAGGUGUGUCAGAAGGUGUUCCAGUAUCAGAGGAUGUUGAACCGGCACCUGAAGUGUCACAGUGAUACUAAGAGACACCUGUGUAACCACUGUGGUAAAGGAUUCAACGACACCUUCGACCUGAAGAGACACGUCAGAACACACACAGGAGUGCGUCCCUACAAGUGCUCUCUGUGUGACAAGGCCUUCACCCAGCGCUGCUCUCUAGAGUCUCACAUGAAGAAGAUCCAUGGUGUGACCCUGCAGUACGCCUAUAAGGAGAGACGCAACAAACUCUACGUCUGUGAGGAGUGUGGCCACACCGCCCCUUCCCAGGAUGCACUGCUCAAACACUACCACGCCCUCCACCCCAACUCUGCCUUCCUGAGGGCGAAGGGGGGGAGAGGGGCUGGGGGUGAGGGGGGCGAGGAGUCAAUGCCUGGGUCGCCGCUUUCGAACAGUCAAUAUAGUGAUGAUACGACAGGAUCAGGGGGGCAGUAGAGGGAGGGAGGGAGGGAUGAGGAGAGGGAGUUGCGUUUUUGACAAAACCAUCUACAGGAUCGUAUUCAUCAGGGCAUGUAAUGUAUUUAUGACAAUUUAACGUUUCCUAUUGGACAGAUGCAAGGUCUUCUCUCUCUGUUUCAGUCCAUUUACUUCGGUUUGGUGCCUAAUGAAAACGGCACUGAUAAAUGUAAAACGUUAAGGGAAAUCUAACGUAGUGGUAACGAUUGAGAUUAUGUCUAGUUUGAGAUUAUGGUUCUUAUCAAGUAAAACACAUAUAUAUAUAUAUAUAUAUAUAUUAUGCAGUAAAGGGUUUAAUAUAUUUAUUUUGUUAUGAAUUGAAUAUGUGUAUGUUAUUAUGAAUUUGAUUGAUAAAGAGACAAUGUUUGUUUUUGGGUUUACACUUCUGAAAAGGGAAAAUGGUAUGCUGUAGGAAAUCUUUUGCACAACUACAUUACCCUAUACUACAGUAAGGUGCUGUAACUACAUUACCCUAUACUACAGUAAGGUGCUGUAACUACAUUACCCUAUACUACAGUAAGAUGAUGUAACUACAUUACCCUAUACUACAGUAAGAUUAUGUAACUACAUUACCAUAUACUACUGUAAGGUGCUGUAACUGCAUUACCCUAUACUACAGUAAGAUUAUGUAACUACAUUACCCUAUACUACUGUAAGGUGCUGUAACUACAUUACCCUAUACUACAGUAAGGUGCUGUAACUACAUUACCAUAUACUACAGUAAGAUGAUGUAACUACAUUACCCUAUACUACAAUAGGGUGAUGUAACUACAUUACCCCAUACUACAGUAAGAUGCUGUAACUACAUUACCCUAUACUACUGUAAGGUGUUGUAACUACAUUACCCUAUACUACUGUAGGUGAUGUCACUACAUUACCCUAUACUACAGUAAGAUGCUGUCACUACAUUACCCUAUACUACAGUAACGUGAUGUAACUACAUUACCCUAUACUACAGUAAGGUGCUGUAACUACAUUACCCCAUACUACAGUAAGAUGCUGUAACUACAUUACCCUAUACUACUGUAAGGUGUUGUAACUACAUUACCCUAUACUACUGUAGGUGCUGUCACUACAUUACCCUAUACUACAGUAAGAUGAUGUAACUACAUUACCCUAUACUACAGUAAGGUGAUGUAACUACAUUACCCUAUACUACAGUAAGGUGCUGUAACUACAUUACCCUAUACUACAGUAAGGUGCUGUAACUACAUUACCAUAUACUACUGUAAGGUGUUGUAGCUACAUUACCCAAUACUACAGUACGGUGUCACAUCAUUACCCUAUACUACAGUAAGGUGAUGUAACUACAUUACCCUAUACUACAAUAGGGUGAUGUAACUACAUUACCCCAUACUCCAGUAAGAUGCUGUAACUACAUUACCCUAUACUACUGUAAGGUGUUGUAACUACAUUACCCUAUACUACAGUAAGGUGAUGUAACUACAUUACCCUAUACUACAGUAAGGUGCUGUAACUACAUUACCAUAUACUACUGUAAGGUGUUGUAGCUACAUUACCCAAUACUACAGUACGGUGUCACAUCAUUACCCGAUACUACAGUAAGGUGCUGUAACUACAUUACCCUAUACUACAAUAGGGUGAUGUAACUGCAUUACCCUAUACUACAGUAAGAUGCUGUAACUACAUUACCCUAUACUACUGUAAGGUGUUGUAACUACAUUACCCUAUACUACUGCAAGGUGCUGUUACUACCCAAUACUACAGUAAGGUGCUGUCAAUACAUUACCCUAUACUACAGUACGGUGUCACUUCAUUACCCUAUACUACAGUAAGGUGUUGUAACUACAUUACCCUAUACUUCUAUAAGGUGCUGUAACUACAUUACCCUAUACCACUGUAAGGUGCUGUUUCUACAUUACCCUACAUCGGUGUAUGGUGUUGUAACCACAUUACCCUAUAUCAUUGUAAGGUGUUGUAACUACAUUGCACUACAGUAAGGUGCUGUCAGUACAUUACCCUAUACUACAGUAAGGUUCUGUAACUACAUUACCUUAUACUACUUUAAGGUGCUGUCACUACAUUGCCCUAUACUACUGUAAGGUGCUGUAACUACAUUACCCUAUACUACUGUAAGGUGCUGUGACUACCCUAUACUACAGUAUGGUGCUGUCAUUUCAUUAUCCUUUACUACUGUAAGGUGAUGUAACUACAUUACCCUAUACUACUGUAAAGUGAUGUCACUACAUUACCCUAUACUACUGUAAGGUGCUGUCACUACAUUACCCUAUACUACUGUAAGGUGCUGUCACUACAUUACCCUAUACUACUGUAAUGUGCUGUCAGUACAUUACCCUAAACUACUGUAAGGUGCUGUCACUACAUUACCCUAUACUACUGUAAGGUGCUGUCACUACAUUACCCUAUACUACUGUAAGGUGCUGUCACUACAUUACCCUAUACUACUGUAAGGUGCUUUCACUACAUUACCCUAUACUACAGUAAGCUGCUUUCACUACAUUACCCUAUACUACUGUACGGUGCUGUCAGUACAUUACCCUAUACUACUGUAAGGUGCUUUCACUACAUUACCCUAUACUACAGUAAGGUGAUGUCACUACAUUACCCUAUACUACUGUGAUGUGCUUUCACUACAUUACCCUAUACUACUGUACGGUGCUGUAACUACAUUACCCUAUACUACUGUAAGGUGCUGUAACUGCAUUACCCUAUACUACUGUAAGGUGCUGUAACUACAUUACCCUAUACUACUGUAAGGUGAUGUAACUACAUUACCCUAUACUACUGUAAGGUGCUGUAACUACAUUACCCUAUACUACUGUAAGGUGCUUUCACUACAUUACCCUAUACUACUGUACGGUGCUGUCAGUACAUUACCCUAUACUACUGUAAGGUGCUUUCACUACAUUACCCUAUACUACUGUAAGGUGCUUUCACUACAUUACCCUAUACUACAGUAAGCUGCUUUCACUACAUUACCCUAUACUACUGUACGGUGCUGUCACUACAUUACCCUAUACUACUGUAAGGUGCUUUCACUACAUUACCCUAUACUACAGUAAGCUGCUUUCACUACAUUACCCUAUACUACUGUACGGUGCUGUCACUACAUUACCCUAUACUACUGUAAGGUGCUUUCACUACAUUACCCUAUACUACUGUAAGGUGCUUUCACUACAUUACCCUAUACUACUGUAAGGUGCUUUCACUACAUUACCCUAUACUACUGUAAGGUGCUUUCACUACAUUACCCUAUACUACUGUAAGGUGCUUUCACUACAUUACCCUAUACUACUACUGCAAAGGUUGGGGUCAAUUCCAGUCAAUUCAGGAAGUAUUCCAAUGCUUUUCAAUGAGCAACAUUUGGAAUCGGAAUUUGGUUUGCCUUUGAAUAAAUAAUAAUAAUUUAUUUAUCUGGUAUAGCACUUUUCAUUACAGAAAAUAAUCUCAAAACACAUAAAAAGGAAAAUAAAAUUUUAAAAUAGAGAUGGUGGAGAGACUGAAUGUCUCUGUUUGACUUGGGAUGAAAGACUGGGAGUUGACAGGAGGGGACCUCGACGAU